AUGAAGCCGAGCCGUGGCCAGCGCGGUUUGACGACGAAGACGACGAUGACAAUAGCCGGCCAUCUCGAUCCCGCCGUACCGCACAAAAACCGCCAUCCGUUCCUCGAAGACUUCGUACUGGCUGUUGCUACUGCUGUUGCAGCUGCUGAAUCAGGCAGGCUGUGGGCGACAACGAUAAACUGUACAGAUUUGCAAUUUCGAAGCAAAAGUCAACCAACCGGUUAG